AUGGAAGCUGCAGAAGAAUCAAUAAAAGAACUUCAACCCUUUUUAAAUGAUAAUGUUGUUGAAAAUAUACGAAAGUCUCUUAAAGUUUUCAAUGAAAUAAAACCUGCGACUUUUGAAAGUUAUCAGGAAAUCGUUGAAUAUGAGACUAAUUUCCGUAAUAUAGUAGGUAAUUUAAUAAAUGAAGGGCUAGUUACUUUUCCGGACCCUGAGACUUCAAACGAAAGUUCGCAAUAUUUUUCUUCUUUGUAUACUUUGAAAUUAAAAGCUAAUGAAAUGGCUUGCUUAAAAAGAAGAGAUAUUAUACAGAAUAUGAAAUUUUCUAAUAAAGAAGAAAUGUUAUAUGGUAAUAUUAUGUUUACAGAAGAAGAAAUCAAUAAACGUUACAAAAAAAUCGCCUUACUUUUCCAUCCCGAUAAGACGAGUCGACCUUAUACACCGUAUUUCCUUCAAGGCGAAUAUAAUAAUUUAGGUAAUAAACUAUUUAAAUUGGGUCUAAAACUUAAAGAGAAAUUAUUGGCCAAAUUGGAAAAUGCAUUAUUAGAAAACGAAGGUUGCACUUUUCAUGAAAAAUGUGCAAAUAAUCUUUGGAAAAUUGCGAUUGAUUACCGUAAUGCAGCGAAAGGACAAUGGAAUAAUCUAAAACUAUUAAAUAAAGAAGAUAUCAAGGAUUUAAGUUCUGAAGAACUAAAGCGUCAUAGCGUGAAUCAUGGAUUAUUUGCCUAUAAUGAAUAUCGAGCAGCUUGUAAAAUAGUUGAUAAAGCUAAACAACUAAAAGACCAAAUGAGAUUACGAGGAAAUAUGGCAUUAUGCUUCUAUGUAUCCAAUAAAGAGUUAGAAGCUCAGUUAUAUGCUUUGUCGGCAAUUAAAUUACAUUUAAAGAAUUCUAAUCAGGUCACGCAUGAACUGAACGAGGCAAAAAAAAUAUUUGAUAAAGUUAGAGGUAAGAAUGCAACGGAAGAAACACAUAAGCCAGCCUCGGAGAUUAAUCUGAAAGAUAACUUUGGUAACACGCAAGCUUUAGUGAAAUUAGGUCGAGAGAUUUCCUUUUUUGAAAAAAAGUCUUAUCAGCGAUCAAUCGACGACGAUAUACUAAAAAUAAGUACAGAUUUAAUGCUCAAUGCAGACCGCAGUUUGGUUCGCUAUCAAAUAACUAAUGAAGAGAUCUUACAAGUCAAAAAUAAUGCAAAUAAUUAUAAAUUUGUUGGAGGAGGAAUUAUGAGUGUUGGAGCGACUGUAGGAUUAACAACAGCUACAUUGUCUGGCUUAAAAGUUAGUACAGCAGUUGCUUUAGGAAUUAGUACAGUUGGUGGCCCAAUUGGAUUAGCAAUUGGAUUAAUAACCAUUGGUUUAGGGAUAUGGUUCGGUUGCAGUUUAUGGAAUGAAGGCCGUAAAAAGUUGGAAGUUCCAAAAAUCCUUAAAAAGCUUAAUGAUAUCAUGAAGGAGGCACUGAAAGCUUAUGAUGAAGACGACCAUCAGAAGUUUAUCGACAUACUUUCUAAGGAAUAUGACAAAGAUACCAGACUUUUAAACUUAAAGGAUAGUUUAGAUGUUAUUGAUCCUAAAAUUAUAGUGGAUAAACUUUUAAGAUAUGGAUUUAGACCGGAUGGUAUUGCUUAUUUAUUAAUUUUGCUAGGAGAGGUCUUGAAUAUUGGGAAAAUAAAAAUUAAUGGAAAAACAACAAAUGAGCUAAAGUCUCUAGCAAAGAUAGUUUAUAAAGGGGUUAAUUAUGAAAAACUUUAUGAGAAGGCUCAAAAGCUAGAUGAACGCAUUCGUGGAAUUAGAAAAAAUAACAAGUUUAUACAAUUAUACAAUCAAAUUAUCGAUUUCAUCCUUCUUAAAACAGAGUAUAGCAAUAUUGCUAAAGAACACAUAGAUGAUAAUCAAGAAAUGCCCUUUCAAACAAGGCUUGAAGAAAUGCAAAAUAUUGCAAAUAUUAACUUCGCAAUUUUUGAUAUAUUAGAUGGUGGCGAGCAAGAACGUGAUCGAGCUAUCAAAACUAUUAAGGAAAUUCGAAAUAAAAGCCAUAGUUUUCGUUUUGCUGAGUUGCGCUUAGAAAUUUUGGAAGAUUUCUUGUGGGUCAUUAGUGGUGAGGAAAUAUCUCAUAAAUCGGUUGAAUUACCUAAAAUCACUUUUCCUGCCGAAUCAAUUUGA